GCCUCUCUCUCUCUAUAUAUAGCAUAUACUAUAUAUAUUCCAAUACACCACAAUCAUCAGCUAUAUAUCAAGAAAAAAGAACUCUUUAAUUGUCAAUUGCCUAAUCUCUUUGAACAUCAACAAAACACAAAAACAGACAUUUUUCUUUGUUCUAGAAUUCAGUUAUUUUCUGUCAGUGCAUAAAAGUUAAUCUUUUUCCGAAAAAAUGAGGUUUAAGAGGGUGGCUGAGGCGUUUGAUGAGGUGGCAAAGGCGAGAUUUUGCGAAAGCAGUGGCAGCGAGCAUUCGCCAAUGGAGAGCGUAACGGAUUUGUACGGUCUUGUAAAUUCUUUUAUUGAAAGAGGCAAUGAAGAAGAGAUUAUUAUUGAUAAUUAUGGGGAGGAAUUAGAAGAAAAUGGAUUAAGUGUUAUUUGUUUUGAUGAUUUAGAGAUUAAGGAUAAGCUGAGGAAACUGUUAGGUUAUGAAGAAAGUGAUGAUGAUGUGAAGAGAAAUAUUAAAAUCGCCGUGGAAAAUUCAUGGGUAGAAAUCGGUGAUCAGAGUACGGCGAAUUUUAAACGAGAAUUGAUGACUCAAUUGCGCGAUAGAGGAUUUGAUGCUGGUCUGUGCAAAUCAAAAUGGGAGAGAAAAGGUCAGGUUCCAUCAGGAAAUUACGAGUACAUCGACGUUUACAUGAACGAAAAUCGCUACAUAAUCGAAGUUAAUCUUGCUAGAGAAUUCGAAAUAGCAAGGGCAACACCUUGCUACACUUCAUUGCUAGAGAUUUUGCCUUCAAUAUUUGUAGGAAAAAUGGAAGAAUUGAAGCAAGUGGUGAGAAUUAUGGCUAGAGCUAUGAAGAAAUCAAUGAAGAAAAUGGAUAUUCAUGUGCCACCAUGGAGACAAAUUGCUUACAUGCAAGCUAAGUGGUUUGGUUCUUACAAGAGAACAAUUAAUGAAUUGUUAGAUGAUGAUCAAAAGAAGCUUGAUUUUUCUUAUAAGUGUUUGGCUAAAAAGAGAGCAGUGGGGUUUGUGGCCAUGCCAACAAUUUCUUUCUACUGCAGAGAAAAUUUUGCUUCUAAUUACAAUGGCAUAAAGAUGGGAAACUUGGCUGCUGCUUUAAAUGGAUGAUGUUUCAUGGAUGUCCGAGUAACGGUAAUUUUGGCAUGUACUAGUUAUAUUCAAAAUGAUGCAAUAAAGUAAAGCUACUUUUCUCGAAAGAGUAGAGGGGACAGUCUUUGGCCCAGGUAAAAUAAAACCCGGCCUCCAAUUCCACCCCAGUGGACUAUUAAUCUCUCUUCAUGGAGUCUAAGAAAAGAGAGAUAUUAUUGUUCGAUAUAUGUAAUAAGCUAGUCAUUGUUGCGUAGACAAUAAGAUUACUAGAGGUGGAGAUCACAUCACCCUUUGUGGCAAAGGUUUAUCGGAAUUUUCGUCCAUCAAAAUCUUUUUGAGGUCUCGUGUUAUUUAUAAUAGUUUAGAAAGCUAUUCUUAUCAGGAACGGUCUCCUUUCCUUCAUGUUAAAGUUGGCUGAUCACUUUUUAUGCUAAAGAGAAAAAGGCCGGCGCGGGACGCCCGGUGAACCCGGCUUUUAGAGAUGAGGUCUUUUGGCGAAGCCAAGUUAGUUUCAGGCCACUACACCCUGCAAUUGAUGAGAAGGUCCUAUAGAGUAAAGGGAAAUAUGUAUAUUGCCACUCUCACAUCGCCCUUUGUCGCAGCUAGCAGUAGAGAUUAAUAUAGGGUCUGCCAACGUAAAGAAGUUGUGCUGACCUAAUAAAGUUGUCUGGUCCACAGAAAGAAUCAGAGACGGCUCAAUUGAUUGAGGCAAGGACAAGAUUUGAACCUUCAAUCUUUCGGUCUUUGUUCAUGAGCCUGAUGAGUCGACCGAUUACUCGAUUACACUCUUAAAACCUUGUAAUUUUGCUUUUAUUGGUGAAAUAUAUAUUAGUGAGUGGGUUGUAUAUGUAACUACUACUCCCUAGCAGGUGUAAUCUGUAAAUCUGCUAAUCCCUUUUACCCUCAAUUAUUGGGAGGUUGGAGAAUUGUAUAGUUUAAAGGAGAUGAAGUCACUAUUUUUCUCUUCA